ACAUGUGGGAUUAGACUAGCUGAAGUUUUUUUUCCACGUAUUUCAGCAGCUCAUUGAAGACUAUUGGAGAUGGCGUCUGAGAAAAAGGACACCGGUGAAGUUUUGAAGGAUCAGAAUGUAUUUUUUCGAAUCCUCAAUAUUCGGUCUGUCAAUGCUGCUCUGGAAUCUAUUGAGAAGACGUACACUAGUACGAAGCAGUCUCACCCCAUUAUAAGCUCUGUUUGUGGCCUGUAUGAGAAGGGUGUGAGUAGGGCUGGAAAUCUGGCUGUGUGGAGCAUGAAACCUGCCCUCCAUGUGCUACAACCCCAGCUUGUAGCAGCAAACUCAAUGGCCUGCAAAGGACUGGACCGACUGGAAGAGAAGGUACCAGCAUUGCAAUCUCCACCUGCAGAGCUGGCAGCAAACAUAAAGGGGCUAAUGUCUUCAACCCUGGAAGCCGCCAAGGAUGGGAUCACCUGUCCAAUCAAACACAGCUCUAAUGUUGUUCUGGACAAGGUUUCUUCAAGGUACCAGCAGAGUAAGAACACUCUCAGUGGCGGCAUACAGUACAUCCUGAACAGCAAGCUUGUCUUCUUGGCUGAACAGAGAGCCAGCAGGGCUCUAAGUCUAACAGAAAACCUGAUCGACUGCAUCCUUCCUGGAACUUCAGACAAGACAGAGAAUGAUAGGAGUACAGAAGAGCAACAGGAGUCUUAUGUUGGAGCUUCUGACCCUAUGCCGAUCUUCAGCAGGCUUGGAGCUCUGGCAAGCACCAUCUGCAGACGUGCCUUUGAAAAGACAUUUGCACAGCUCCAGCUAUCCACACACCAGGGUCACACACUGGUCAAGCGGAUCCCUGGCCUGAAUCCUCUGGUGAGCUGCAAACUCUAUUCAGCUCUGUUAGUUUGUCUUUGCUUUGUUGUGUGUCUCGCUUGUUUUGGAAAGCACAGUUAUGCGUGCCUCUUGCUUCAUUAGUACAUGUAUUACACCAAAUUACUUU